AUGAAGGUAGCCAGGGCGCUGGUCCCAAGGGGGGGCAGGCGCAUUCUGGCGGCUGAGACCUUCGCUCACGACGCCCCUCUGCCCGGCUACCUCGACCACAUCCCCCGCCGCCAGGCCCUCGCCACCAGUAUGCGCUGCUGCUCUGCUCCCUCCACUCCCUCUCUGUCCACUCCCUUGUCUCUCGUUUCUCUGCUCCCUUUAUCCCGUUUCUCUGCUCUCGUUGUCUCCUGCGGGCGCACGACGGUGACGAUCCGGUCGCAGUACCUGGGGCCGUACGACCUGCACAACAACAUCUACAACAUGACCUAUUACAACGGCUGCGCCUACAACGUCACCAGCCCGCUGCGCGUGUGGCAAUGCGCCGACUUCAACAACGUGUGGGAGGGCAGCCUCGACAACCCCGCGCCCAACCCCACGCAGUACCAGACAGGCGACAUCUUUGUACAGUACUCGACGGGGUACUGUGAGGCGCACAUGAACCGCGGUGCUGACGGCACUGUGCAGAUGUUCCCCGGAGAGACGGUCAACAUUCUGUAUGCGUGGACCAGUGACUGGCGCCCCUGUGCGUCAGAGCUGCGCUUCAGCAACGGCAACAGCUACUCCAUGGCUGACAUUUCCGAGUGCCAGGCUGCUACCGUCAUCUAG